AUGAAGUCCUUCUCGAGUUCCGUUAUCAAUAAAUCGGGCAAGAAAUUUGCUCCAAAAGCGCCCAUUCGGCGCGCUCCUCCGGCUGCCUCUACCACCCCAGCACCACCCAGAAGACCUAGUAUCGCUUCACAAGCACAAACUAUACAAAAUGCCCAAUCCGCGAUUGAUAAAGCUUCUGCGGAGCCCGCGCCCUCUGUCCCAGUCAUAGAUUCCUCUGUUGCGCCCGCCGCCGAUGUCCCACUAGCCGAUGCCGAGUCAUCCGUUGCCCAAGAACCCGAUUCGGUACCACCUAAGUCUGCGGCAGCGAUUCCCAUUCCUCGUCCAAAGCGCAAGGCGUCCGUUUCUAUAUCAGUUGCUGGAGUGAGGGCCUCGGAACCUAUCACGACCGUCCAACCUGUCCCUCCUGAACCAGAGACUCUCGGCUCCACACACAAACCUACGGGUCCGGUUGUGAAUGAAGUUGACAAACAGGGAGAGGUCCUUCCGAGCGUAGAAGAGCCUCAAGGGCUUUCAACUCGCGAUGAGAUCGCGUUGCCCGAAGUUGUUCCUCAGCCACACACGCGGACCGAAAGUGCUACAGAAACACGCCCAUCAAAGCGCCCUAAAGUGAACAAACGGCUAUCGACGGUAUCUGCAAGCUCUGACCACACACCUCACGUUAUUACGCCCCCGUCCACUCAGACUCAGACUCCAGCAGUUGAGGAAGCCACUGGUAUUGCGGAAGCACCACUCCCACCCACAACUGCGGAUCAGAGUCGAAGAGCGUCUAAGUCGCGAAGUCGGAGACCAAGUCGCAUUAUCAACUCCGAAGAUGCUGGUGAUAAAUCGAAAAAGAAGCCCCAGCGGUCGCGCAAAAAGCGCGAGCCAACUCCUGAAGGAGCGGAUCUCAUAGAAAUCGCCCCUGCGGUUAUCAAGAUGUCGGAACUGUGCAAAGACUUACGGACAGGAAAGAUGUCUAAGCGAGAAACAGAAUUGCGCAAUUUGGAGAUUGCUGAACAAGAGCGCAAGAGAACACAACAGGAUGGCGAAAGUCAUGCGCAGACUCCUAUCAAACAGAAUACCGAUGUCACCUCUCCAACAGCAGAAGCCGAUAUUCUCACUGAUAAGAAGCCGCAGGCUGGUCCUGUAAUGAGAAUUGUGAAUGGCGAGAUUGUGCUUGACGCCGCCUCUCUUCAGGUUGAUCGCCAUGCAGACGCGGCAAGGAAUGUGGGAGACUUGGAAGAUGUCGUUGAAAGCUCUCUGACUCGGAAGAUCAACCAGGCUACAUAUGGAAAACGGUCCAAGACGGAGUCAUGGGAUGAAGAAAUGACGGACCUCUUCUACAGAGGCCUCCGGAUGUUUGGUACCGAUUUCAUGAUGAUUAGCAAGCUGUUUCCUGGAAGAUCGCGACGCCAAAUCAAACUUAAAUUCAACAACGAAGAACGACGUGCUCCAGAACGGAUCAAAGACACGUUACUGGGUCCUCGGGAGUCUAUCGACAUCAUGACCUAUUCAGAAAUGACUAAUACCGUUUAUGAUGAUCCCAAGGAGGUGGAGCAAGAACUCCUAGAAGAGAAGAAACGGAUCGAGGAACAGCACGCGAAGGAAAAACAAGCACAGGAGGAUUUGCUUCGUAAUCCCAACGGGGCGAUCGAUGGCACUGCUGCGCCAGGCACAGAUAACGCGAAUAGCGUCCCAAUAAAGAGCAAACGAAAUAACAGGAAACAGGCGUUGAAGAAUAUGGGCGGUGGGACGGAAGAGGUUGUCGGCACGAUUGAUGACUUUCCUUAA